AUGCUUGAUGCAAAGAACAGGCAGGAUGCAGUGUCGCAGAAUUUGGAGGAAAAGAGUGUUUCCGGGUUGGAUGCAGCCUUAAAAGAGCCAGGAGAGGGGCUGAUCGAGGCAGAAGGCCACACAGAGCAGGCGGAGGCGGAGCAAAGACAAAGCAUAGUCCAGGCGAGGGAAAGGCAAGCCUGCCUCCCCGCUGCGAAGCUGGAGACAGAGGGCGCAGAAGGUGUCGCGCAUGCAAGAGCUUCCGGCAAGGGGGCGGCCCUAGAAGAGCCGGCAGGAAGCUUCUGCGCAGUGCAAGCCAUAGAGCAAGUGGAGGCAGCCAUAAAGGAGCUUGCAGGAAGCUUGGGCGCGGAAAAGAGGCAGGAGAUGGAGGCGUUGCAAGGUUGCUUUGCGAAGUUGAAAGACGAGAGAGCGCAGAAUGCAGCGAAGAUGGAGAAAAACAGAAAAAGAGUUUACAGGUUCGCAGCGAUCGUACGAGAGCAAGAAGAGCUUUUGGGUGAAACCGAUGAUUACAUUGAGCAGAUAAAGGCGGGUGAAAAAAGAAUUUCCAGGUUGGAGCGGGCCUUGAAAGAGAAAGAAGAAAGCUUUACCGAAGCAGAAGAGUACAUGAAGCAGCUGGAGGCCAAUAGCGCGCAGAGCACAGAGCAGCUCGAUUCUGCUGAGAGAAAGCAUGUAAGGCUUGUGUGCGACGUGCAAGGGCAUAUUGAGAGCCUGCGUGCAGCAGUGGGAGACCAGGAAAGGGCUUUGGCAGAGCUGCAAGAGGUAGAAGCGCGCUUGGAGCUAGAAAAAACACAGGCUGUGGCAGAGGAGGAAAGCAAGGAGGAGGCCUCCGUUGCAACAGAGAGCGAGGGCCUGUGCAAGAAGAAGCUGUGUCGUGAGACCUUGGUUUAA